GAUGUAGACGAAUGCAAAAAUGGCGACAACAAGUGCGACUUAAAAGCAGCACAUUGCGUAAAUAAACCAGGAUCCUACUCUUGUCAGUGUAAAGAAGGCUAUCAACAAAUUGACAACUACACCUGCACUGCCUUCACGUCAUGUAAUGUAUUAACACUCACUGGUCUGCAGACGCCGCUGUCCAAAACGUUUCUUCUAUGUAGUGGUAACGAAGAACAUAAUUUGUUUCAUGCAAGCUAAUAUCUGACUAUGAAAAGCUUCCAUUUACCGACGGUAAAAUUACAGUAAAUGUAUGAAGGAAAUCUGGGGGAAAUCGACUUUGGUUCGAGUUUGCGGGAAGUUCGAGUUAGCGAGGGUUCGACUGAGUUAUCGGGAGUCAAAGAAUACUUCGUUCUAUUUCAGAAGCCUUACAAUUGCAAAUUUUGUUAGAAUAAAGCUAUAGCGAUUAUUUGAUCGGAGGAAAACGUUUCCUUCAAGCAAUAAGCUCAUUUUAUUAUGUCAGUCUUGCAAAGAAGGCUGUUACAGUUUAGUAAUUACUUAUGUAUUCUAACCAACAUUUGCUCUUUUUAGCAAAGAUGUGCAGCGGGAGUGAUGCACUUGGAAUGGAGAGCGGCAAGAUUAAAAACCAAUCUAUCACAGCCAGUUCCCACUAUCCCCAGUAUCCUCCUUGGGCAGCGCGGCUUCGAUCCGGGAUUGCUAAAGGUUGGUACGCUUUUCCAUAUGACCCGUUGCCAUGGAUACAAGUGGACCUUGGAAAGCAAACUUGGCUGAAAGGUGUAGCGACACAAGGCAAGAUGUUCUCAAUGUAUGUGACUUCAUACAAGUUGGCGUAUUCGCAGGACCAAGUCACAUGGUUUUACUACCGAGGUGACAGUGACAACGAUAAGGUAGGGCCGGUCAAAAGUGUGUCUUGUCCUAAACAUAUUGUUAUUUGACUCGGGAGAAUGAACAUGGACUAAAGACUUCAUUAAAAACAGCAAGAUCAAUGCGACAAAAUAAAUGCAUCCGCAAAUAGCUUAACAAAUAAAUAAACCCCGUCUUUCAGAUGGUAUAACGCUGUCCGCUAUGAAGUCAUAAAAUUUGCUCACAAGUCUAUUAAUUAAAAGCUAUCAGGCUCUUGGAGGAAAGUACUUAGCCCACCCCCUAAAGUUGUUUACAUUUUUAAAGUCACGUGAUAUUAUUGCACGAUGAGCGAGAAGUUGUACGCUACAAGGCGGGAAGGAUUAUUAAAACUGCUGAACGAGAUUUUUAUAUCUUCCUUUCUGUUCUACGAAACAACCUGCCUGUUACAUUCCCUUGGUCACCAGAAGCUCCUCACAGCCAGCGUCAGUAGGUCACUAUAGCAGCUCCUCAGAACAUUGUAAUUCCUGUAUUGUAAUUGAAACAAGUUGUAUUGUAAUUACCAUAUUGCAAAUAACCUAAUCAAGACUUGGUGGAAAUGCAUCCAUACGUAUUUUCUAACUCAUGAAGAUCCUUUACUUUUUAGGUUCUUAAUGGAAACAAAGAUCCGUACCGAGUGGUUACAAACAGUUUGCCGAGACCAAUUCACACUCGCUUCGUGCGACUGUACCCUCUUUCUUGGAAUGACGCCCUUGUUAUGAAGCUUGAGUUGUACGGUUGCAUUUCUUCGUAA